AUGUUCGGCGCCUUCAACCGCUUCAUCGGGCUGGAAGCCGAGCCAGCUCAGCAACCCCGAUCGUCGACCGCGGACAACUCCUUCGGCUUUCAGGUACUCCGCAACAAGGAUCCGGAGGUGCCCCUCGAGCCGUGGUUUGAUUUCAUCAUCGGGAUCAAUGGACGUUUGAUUGAAGACCCAGACCCUCACCUCUUCGCAACCGAAGUCCGCAAUUGCGCCGGCUCCAGUGUAACCUUUGAAGUCUGGAGCGCGAAAGGCCAAAAAUCGCACAGCGUCUCCCUCCCCGUCCCCGCAACCGCAACAACCCCAACCCUAGGCCUAGCCGUGCAACUGGCCCCGCUCUCCUCGACGCAGAACAUCUGGCACGUGCUGUCGAUCCCCUCGCCGCUGAGCCCGGCCUACCGGGCGGGCCUCCUGCCGCACUCGGACUACAUCAUCGGCACGCCGAGCGGCACGCUCCGGGGCGAGUCGGCGCUGGGCGAGCUGGUCGAGGACCACCUGGACCGCACCCUGGUGCUUUGGGUGUACAACAGCGAGUUCGACGUCGUGCGCGAGGUCGAGCUGAUCCCCACGCGCGGCUGGGGCGGCGAGGGCGCCCUCGGCGCCGAGCUGGGGUUCGGAGCCCUGCAUCGGUUGCCGGUCGGGUUGGGGGAGGAGGUUGAAGGCCCUGGGGAGGUGGUCUUUGAGAAUGCUCCGUCGGGUUCCCGGGGGGAUGGGUCUGGGGCGCAUUUUGGGGGGUAUGGUCAGCACCAGCAGCAGGAGCAACAACCCCAAGGGUACGGGUUCGGGUACGGGUAUGGGUACGGGGAUCAAGAGCAAGGGCACGAGCAACAGCAACAGCAACAGCAACAGCAACAGCAACAGCAAGAGCAGCAUCAGUUCCUCGUGCCGGCGAAUCUGAGCUCUCCGCCUCCGCCGCCUAUAGUGGGGACGCCAACGAAUCGCGUGGCGAGUCCGGCGACGACGACGUCGACGGGGGCGGUAGCAGGUCAUGGACGUUCGCACCGCAAGGCGAGAGCGGCGCCCAGUCCGUCGGCCUUUGAUGAGUAUUUCGCCGAGGGGUUGCAGAAGAGUAAAGAGUUGGAUUAUGCCCCGUCGAGUCGGAAGGGGACUCCCUUGCCGCCGCCCCCGAAGAAGGGUGGUGGUGGUGCGGUGCAGAGCCCCCCUCCGCCGCCUGUAACGAGUGGCUCGCCGAGUCCCGCGGCGGAGUAA